CGUAAGAAGCAGGCUUUAGACCAAAGCCGUGCCCGUGCGUUGUGCGCAGACGAAAAGCCCCGAGCUAUAGAGCGAGCAAUGGACGCAGCGGCGAAAGGGAGGGAUGGCGAGGAGCAGGCCGUGGAGAGCGGCGCGGAGCACGGGAAGAAGGUGUCGUUCGCGGGGCUGUUCCGGUACGCCGACGGCACGGACCUGCUGCUGAUGCUGGUGGGCACCGUGGCCGCGCUGGCCAACGGCGUGUCGCAGCCGCUCAUGACGGUCAUCUUCGGCGACGUCAUCGACGCCUUCGGCGGCGCCACCACCGCCAACGUCCUCAGCCGCGUCAACAAGGCCGUUCUGAGCUUUGUCUACUUGGGUAUUGGAACAGCAGUAGUCUCCUUUCUUCAGGUGUCAUGUUGGACAAUUACCGGUGAAAGGCAGGCGACACGCAUUAGGUCUCUGUAUCUCAAAUCUGUCCUGAGACAAGAUAUAUCAUUCUUUGAUGUAGAAAUGACAACUGGGAAAAUUGUAUCAAGAAUGUCAGGUGAUACCGUGUUAGUUCAGGAUGCUAUCGGUGAGAAGGUCGGCAAGUUUCUACAACUUGUGGCUUCAUUCCUCGGUGGAUUUAUAGUAGCUUUUGUCAAAGGAUGGCUUCUAGCCCUUGUCAUGUUGGCAUGCAUACCCCCUGUUGUCAUUGCUGGAGGAGCAGUGUCAAAAGUGCUAUCAAAAAUCUCUAGCAAAGGUCAAACAUCAUAUAGUGAUGCGGGGAAUGUGGUUGAACAGACAAUUGGAGCCAUCAAAACAGUUGUUUCAUUCAAUGGGGAGAAGCAAGCCAUUGCUACGUACAAUAAACACAUACACAAGGCAUACAAGACUGCCGUGGAGGAAGGACUUACCAAUGGCUUUGGCAUGGGUUCUGUUUUCUUCAUAUUUUUCUCUAGCUAUGGUUUAGCCAUCUGGUACGGUGGGAAAUUGGUACUUAGCAAAGGAUACACAGGAGGUCAGGUCAUCACUAUCUUGAUGGCUAUCAUGACUGGGGCAAUGUCUUUAGGUAAUGCAACCCCAUGUAUGACUGCCUUUGCAGGAGGACAAUCUGCAGCAUAUAGGUUGUUCACAACAAUCAAGAGGAAACCAGAGAUUGAUCCUGAUGACAAAACCGGUAAGCAGUUAGAAGACAUCAGGGGUGAGGUUGAGCUAAAGGAUGUGUAUUUCAGCUACCCAGCAAGGCCUGAGCAACUGAUAUUUGAUGGAUUCUCGUUACGUGUGGCUAGUGGCACUACAAUGGCUAUAGUUGGAGAGAGUGGAAGUGGCAAGUCAACUGUGAUUAGUCUUGUAGAGAGAUUCUAUGAUCCACAGGCCGGUGAGGUUUUGAUUGAUGGGAUCAAUAUCAAGAGUUUACGGCUUGAUUCGAUAAGAGGGAAAAUUGGUCUUGUUAGCCAAGAGCCCUUGCUCUUUAUGACCUCAAUCAAAGAUAAUAUAACGUAUGGCAAAGAAAAUGCAACAAUCGAAGAGAUCAAGAGAGCCGCUGAGCUCGCCAACGCAGCAAAUUUCAUUGAUAAGUUGCCCAAUGGUUACGACACAAUGGUUGGCCAGCGCGGUGCUCAGCUUUCAGGUGGACAAAAGCAAAGGAUUGCAAUUACAAGAGCAAUCAUUAAAAACCCAAAAAUACUAUUGUUAGAUGAAGCUACUAGCGCAUUGGAUGUGGAGUCUGAGAGGAUAGUUCAGGAGGCAUUGAACAGAAUCAUGGUCGACAGAACUACCCUUGUGGUUGCACAUCGUUUAACUACUGUGAGGAAUGCUGAUUGCAUAUCAGUUGUUCAACAAGGAAAAAUAGUUGAACAAGGUUCCCACGAUGAAUUAGUAGUAAACCCAGAUGGGGCUUACUCUCAACUUAUUCGGCUUCAGGAAAGUCGUGCAGAAGAAGAGCAGAAAGUAGACCGUCGUAUAUCUGAUCCAAGGUCUAAAAGUACAAGCUUGUCACUGAAGGGGUCGAUUAGUAGAAAUUCUUCCGGAAAUAGUAGUAGGCAUUCUUUCACCCUCCCCUUUGGGCUGCCUGGUACAGUCGAAUUGACUGAAACCAAUGAUACAUAUGGGAAGAAUCAGAAUGAGCAGGAUAAUGAUUGUGAGAUCCCAAAGAAAGCUCCUAUGGGCCGGCUAGCACUUCUUAACAAGCCAGAGGUACCUAUUCUUCUGUUAGGAUCCAUAGCCGCAGGAGUUCAUGGAGUGCUUUUCCCAUUGUUUGGUGUGAUGAUUUCCAGUGCCAUUAAAACUUUCUAUGAGCCACCAGAGAAGCUCAAAAAGGAUUCUAGUUUUUGGGGUCUGAUGUGUGUUGUGCUUGGCGUCGUUUCGAUAAUCUCAAUACCAGUAGAAAUGUUCUUGUUUGGAAUAGCCGGAGGGAAGCUUAUAGAGCGCAUACGUGCGUUGUCGUUUCGAAGCAUUAUACACCAAGAAGUUGCUUGGUUUGAUGAUCCUAAAAAUUCCAGGUUAGCUAUCUUUUUUUUCUCUUGGUUCUGUGAACUUACCUUUCAGGCACUAACUAAUUUCCAAUUUAUAUCUUACAGCGGAGCACUUGGUGCAAGACUGUCGGUUGAUGCUUUGAAUGUCCGGCGUUUAGUGGGAGAUAACUUGGCCUUAACAGUUCAGAUUAUUUCGACACUGAUCACAGGAUUUAUCAUUGCUGUGGUUGCUGACUGGAAGCUCUCUUUUAUCAUCUUGUGUGUGAUUCCGUUAGUGGGUCUUCAAGGAUAUGCCCAAGUGAAGUUCUUGAAAGGUUUCAGUCAAGAUGCUAAGAUGAUGCAUGAAGACGCAAGUCAAGUGGCCACGGAUGCAGUCAGUAGUAUCAGGACUGUAGCUUCUUUUUGCUCAGAGAAAAGAAUUACAAGCAUAUACGAUCAAAAAUGUGAAGCCUCCAUGAAUCAAGGAGUCAGGACAGGAAUAGUUGGAGGCAUUGGAUUUGGUUUCUCAUUCUUGAUGCUGUACCUUACAUAUGGCCUUUGUUUCUACGUUGGAGCACAAUUUGUGCGCCAUGGCAAAUCAAAUUUUGGUGAUGUUUUCCAGGUUUUCUUUGCACUGGUUUUAGCAACUGUGGGAGUAUCUCAAACAAGUGCAAUGGCCACCGAUUCAACAAAAGCAAAGGAUUCAGCUAUCUCUAUAUUUGCCUUGCUGGACCGUAAGUCCGAAAUCGACUCAAGCAGCAAUGAGGGAUUGACAUUAGACGAGGUGAAGGGCAACAUCGACUUCCAACAUGUUAGCUUCAAGUAUCCAACUCGCCCAGAUAUUCAAAUCUUCAGUGACUUUACCCUGCACAUUCCCUCCGGCAAGACUGUUGCACUCGUUGGAGAAAGCGGUAGCGGCAAGUCAACAGUAAUCGCACUGUUGGAGCGAUUCUACAACCCCGAUUCAGGUACCAUCUCAUUAGAUGGAGUGGAAAUUAAGAGCUUAAAUAUCAAUUGGUUGAGGGACCAAACAGGACUUGUGAGCCAAGAGCCUGUUCUUUUCAACGACACAAUUCGUGCCAACAUAGCCUAUGGUAAGGAUGGGGAACUCACGGAGGAGGAGCUCAUUGCAGCCGCAAAGGCAUCCAAUGCACAUGAGUUCAUAUCAAGCCUUCCCCAAGGAUAUGACACCACCGUUGGGGAAAGGGGGAUUCAGCUAUCUGGUGGCCAGAAGCAGAGAGUGGCUAUUGCAAGGGCCAUACUGAAAGAUCCUAAGAUACUACUACUUGAUGAGGCAACUAGCGCCUUGGAUGCUGAGUCUGAGCGUAUUGUGCAGGCUGCCUUAGAUCAUGUGAUGGUUGGCAGGACCACGGUUGUUGUGGCACACCGCCUCUCGACGAUAAAAAAUGCCGAUAUCAUUGCAGUUCUCAAGGAUGGUGCAAUAGUGGAAAAAGGAAGGCAUGAGGCGUUGAUGAACAUCAAAGAUGGAAUGUACACUUCACUAGUAGAACUCCGUUCAUCAUCAUCAUGAUAUAUAGGAUAAGUUUGGGUUCCUAACUAUAUACAUGACCCCUUUUUGUUGCUGCGAUUGUGGUAUAUUUAUUCUUUAGGACUUGAAGAGGAAUUCGAGAAGUAAACUACUGUUUCAUGUAUCUAUGAUGUAGUCUACGAUUGUAAGUAUUUAGAAAGAAAGCUUCUGAUUUUGAUUUUGAAGUGCACUUCCCCACGUCGAUGUGUAAAUGAGUGUCAAUUUCUGCUGUACAAAUACGCCUGUGCAUAAUACCAUAUAAAUGUUUGAAGAU